AAAAAGGCUCUGGGUCUCAAUGGGCUUUUCCUGUUGAAAUAAGGAUAAAAUAAAAAUGUAUUUAGAGUCUACAGAAGCGGACAACUACACCACUUCUGAGAGGAUCACACCAGGCUCGUGGUCAGAACCUGAGACCCUGGCCCUCAUUGACAUCUGGGUGGAGGACGAGGUUCAGAGGGUGCUGAGAGACUUUGUCCACAACGGCCCCAUCUACAUGGACACAUCAGAAAAGAUGCAUGACCAAGGGUACUCCAAGACCCCAGAGCAGUGUCGUUGGAAAGUCAAGUCCACGAGGAACAACUUCCGUCAGUGCUACGACAGGAAAAAAUGUGGAAGAAAUAGAGUGGAAUACAAGUUCUACAAUCAGCUGGAGCGAAUACUUGGGCAUGAAGCGGCCUCCAUUGAUGAGUAUGAUGAAAGAGAUGAUCAAACAGUAGACCAGGACACAGGUACGGUGGUAAUACAGACAGUUGUCUGUGCGGAUGGGAUGAGACACACCCCAUGGUCAGAGCCAGAGACGCUGGCCCUCAUUGAGCUGUGGGGGAACGAGGAGGUCUAGACGAGCCUCCGAGGCUGCUUGAAGAACAGACAUGUGUUUGAGUACAUCUCACGGAGGAUGAUGGCCCAGGGGUUCAUCAGGACGGCUGAGCAGUGCCACACCCGCAUCAAGCGACUCAAGGCCAGCUUCCACCAUGACAAAUGUAUGGAAUGUAAGUUCUACGACCAGAUGGAGGAGAAUUUCUCGAGGGAGCUCAACGUCGACACUAGCCGUCCUUUAACUGGCGGCUCCAAGUUCCCCUGGAGCGACAGUGAGACCCAGGUCCUCCUCAGUAUCUGGGGGAGUGACGAGGUCCAGGAGGAUCUGAAGGGCUGCACCAAAAACAGACACAUUUUCACUGAGAUCUCUCAGGCCAUGGCCAACGAGGGCUACCUGAGGACAGCCGAACAGUGCCAGUCUAGAGUGAAGCGGCUAAAGGCCAACUUCCGCCAGUUCUGCGAGAGCAAACAGAUUGGAGGGGAAAAAGUGGAGUGCAAAUUCUACGAUCAGUUUGUGCAAAUAUUCGGGAACAAGUAUCUAUCCUGUGACUCUCUGGCUGAGGAAUCAAACGGCGCCACAGACAUGGGAGAGGUCCCAGGUGGCCAAGUCCAAGAAACAGUCUCUCCAGAAUCAGGGAGCUGUCCAUCACCGUGGGAACUAGAUCUCCCCUGGAGCAUUGAGGAGACUGAAGCCCUCCUUGACAUGUGGGGCAGUGACAGAAUCCAAGAGGUCCUGAGGGGAAACACUGAACUGGAACACAUUUAUACAGAGAUCUCUCAAAUGAUGGCUGACCAGGGCUUCAUGAAAACAGCAGAGCAGUGCCAGACGAGGGCAACGCAACUGAACCUGAGUAUUAUUCCAAUCUGACCACGAGGAAGCAUUAGUGUAAUCUGAAGACAGUUUUGUAGAGCCACAGGAAAGAUGCAAUGACUCAACAAUGACUUCUGGAAAAGAGGUGUAUAAACAAUUACAAUGACCUGUGUCUCCUGUCUCCUGCGUUGUUUUUGGAGAGGUACUGUAUUCUAUCAAAGAGGCAGUGUUGCUAUGUUGGAUAUUGCUGAAGAGACUCAACAUCCAUCCCACUUUUCUUUGUCGGAAAACAGACACGUAUUUAACCUUUGUAUCGGUGCUUAAAUCUAAGUGUAAUGGACAGAAUGUUUUUUGUCAUGUAUUUCACUAUAAGUGCACGUGUGUUGUGACAUAUGGACCUAUUCACUGAACUUAACUAAACAUUUUAAAGGGAUUGGCUUGAGUGAAUUCUCUAACGAGAAUUGAUCAAAACCACAUGACAUUCUGAACAUCUUGAUUUUUUCUUUAUUAUUUGCCAAGCAAAAGGCUGUGUAUGUAUAUUUUAUGUACAUUUGUGUUUUAGCAAACUCUGUGCUUUUAGUCCUUUUUUCAAGUGAACCAAUUUAGAUUAAAUUCCUUUGAGUGGAGUUUGAUUGCC